AUGUUUCGCCACCGGAAGAAGAAGCCACUUGAUCUUAGUCUCAAUGAUAGUAACUAUCAGCCAGCUCCAAACCCAAACAUGUUGGCUCCACAGGCUGCAACCGGGCGGAAACUGAAUCUGAAUCAGCCUAAUCAAAGCCAGGGAUUACAACAGAUGACAACACAGAAUAUCCAGACCAACCAGAAUAUUGUGCAGCCCCAAUUCCAGUCCAGACCUCUACCACCAACCCCACCCACCAUCAUUAAUAAUUAUUACUACGUGCAGCCUGAUGGGACUCCCCAGAGGAAUCCUGGUCUUUUAAAUCAACCCCAGGUUAUUCAACCCAAGACUUAUCAAUCCAGACCACUGCAUCCCACACUUUCAACUGGCAGACGUCUGGGGUCAUCCCGAUCUUCUUCUUCAUCCACCUCAUCCAGACCAUCUGACAUAUAUACAUUUACAUCACUUGGAACAAUGCCGGACUCGCGUAAAAGGCCUCAGGUGUACGGAGAUCUCAUUCGGAUUCUUUCUGGGAUGAAAGAUGACUCUAUCAGUGUUCACAAUUCGCAGCUUUUGGCACUUUUCGAAAGAUUUCCAAGCGAGCUGAUUGGCGUGCCGGAAUUAUCCGGAGUACUUAUAUCUCCAGAAACAAAUCAAAGCUUCAGUCUCAAGGCUUGCAGAAUCCUUUCGAGAACAUUUGCAACCAAGAAUUCGCACGGCCAAUUGGAUUUUCGUGGAUUUGUUCGGCUCUGCUCUUUUAUUAAAGGCUGCUGGGAAUCUUUUAAUUACUAUGACAGGGACCAGUCGCACACAUUGGAGUACAGAGAGUUCGUGCAGGCUCUAAAACUCAACGGGAUGAGUUGUCCCGAUGAACUCUUGUCGCGAAUAUUCGAGAACUCCAGCUAUGUUGACAUUGAGAGAUUUAUAAUGGCAGUUGUCAUUAUUCGUAAAUACGAACGUGAUCUCGACCAUGCUAUAUAA